UCUUCUAAAAUAAUUACCUCCAGAUAAAAAACAAGAUGGUUUAGUUUUUUCCCUUUGGGUCGAGGCCCCAACCAUUACCUGGGCUCCAUCAGGGUUUACACAAUUAUUGCACUUGCAUUACCUGCUUUUUUACUUUGUUUUUUUUUCCCCCCCCGCAGUGCGUAGACUGAGCCCUACAUAAGGAAGCCUCCCUUUGUGUCAGUGAGAGAACUCAGAACCUUCUCCCCCAUAUAUCUGUCCCUCCUAACUCUGCUGAAAGAGAUGGGUGUUUACACCUGGUUAUGGCUGUGGGUGUCGAUGGACGUUGGAGUAAUAUGUGGGUUUGCAGAGUCCACCUGUAGGCUUCAGGAGACUCUGAACUCUCAGAGUGUAUAUAAGGAGGGUGAUGUGAUCAUUGGAGCAGUGUUCCCUAUUCAUUUACAGCCACCUGAGCCCAACCAGGACUUCACACAACGAGCAGCACCUUUUCGGUGUCAGAGUUUUUAUUUGCGUGCAUACCGUUGGCUGCAGGCUAUGAUCUUUACAGUGGAAGAGAUAAACAGAAACCCCCAGCUGCUGCCCAAUCUCACCCUGGGGUAUGCCCUGGCUGACACUUGUCUCGCAGAGAGAACAAUAUUAGGCGCUGCGUUGGGGCUGGUAACCGGGAAGGACCCUGUCGUUACGAGUUCCAGGUGCGGCCGCACUCCCAAGGUGCCUGUCAUCCUCGGUGAUGCCCGCUCUUCAGGAUCCGCCGUGAUUGCUAGCUCACUGGGAGUCUUCGGAAUCCCCUUGGUGAGCUAUGCUGCAACAUGUGCUUGCCUUGGAGAUCGCCAAAAGUACCCAACAUUUUUGCGAAUUGUACCAAGUGACGCCUUUAAGGCUCGGGCCAUUGCACGCAUGCUGCGCCUCUUUGGCUGGACCUGGGUGGGGGUGCUGAUGGGAGAUGAUGACUACGGCAGGUCUGGAAUCCAGCAUCUGAUGGAUGAGUUGAAGAACUCUGAGGUGUGUGUGGCCUUUUCUGAGGUCAUCCCCAAGGUCAACUUGGAGAAAAGUAUCCCGCGCAUUGUGGAGACACUCAGGCAUUCCACAGCAAAAAUCAUCAUCACUUUUGCCAUUUCCACAGACAUGAAUGCCCUGCUUAUGGAGGUAGUGAGACAGAACAUCAGUGACAAGCAGUGGAUUGCCUCAGAGUUAUGGAGUACCUCAAAUAUCAAUUCAUCUCCAGAAAUCCUGUCCAUACUGCAUGGCACUAUUGCAUUUGUCUUGCACAAGGGAAACAUUAGAGGUCUCAGGUCUUUUCUCACAGGGGUGCGGCCCAAAUAUUUGCCCUCUGACCCCUUCGUGCAGGAAUUCUGGGAGACAAUGUUCGGAUGCUCUUUUAAAAAUGACCCCACCCUUUCUCUGUCAGCAAGGCCCCAAUGCACAGGGUCUGAGAACUUGGACAAUGUUGAGAACAUUUAUACUGACGUCUCUCAGUUGAGGAUCACUUACAAUCUGUACAAGGUUGUCUAUGCCAUCGCACAUACCAUUCAGAACAUGUUGUCCUGCCAACCAGGAGAUGGCCCCUUUGAAAAUGGGGGGUGUCCAGAUGUCACCAACCUCCAGCCCUGGCAGAUUCUCCACUACCUCCGCACUGUCAACUUCACCACACCUGCGGGUGAGGCUACACAUUUUGAUGAAAAUGGUGAACCACCGGCUGCUUAUGACAUCAUUAACUGGCAAGUGGGGGCACAGGGGACGGUGGAGUUUGUCACGGUGGGACAGUUUGACUCUGUGGACAGAUUUAACAGCAAGUUUGACAUCGAUGAGAAAAGUGUCAUUUGGGGCGGUGGCCAGAAUGAGGUGCCUGUGUCCGUCUGCAGCAUGUCCUGUCCCCCAGGCACUCGGAAGGCUGUGCAGAAAGGAAAGCCCAUCUGCUGCUUUGACUGCUUACCAUGUGUAGAAGGGGAGAUCAGCAACACCACUGGUUCAACAGAGUGCCUGAAGUGCCCAGAUCGAUUCUGGUCGAAUGCUGCUCGAACAACCUGCAUUCCAAAAGAUGUGGAGUUCCUGUCCUUCCAGGAGACCAUGGGGAUCAUUCUUUCUGCUCUUUCAGUCUCUGGGGUGGUCCUCACAGGCUGCGUCAUUACCACAUUCUUUUUCCACCAGGACACACCUCUCGUUAGGGCAAACAAUGCAGAGUUGAGCUUCCUGCUGCUGCUGUCACUCUCUCUCUGCUUCCUGUGUGCACUGGCCUUUAUUGGUCGCCCCUCUCUCUGGUCCUGUAUGUUGCGUCACACACUGUUUGGGAUCAGUUUUGUGCUCUGCAUUUCCUGUGUCCUCAGCAGGACGGUGGUGGUGCUGGUGGCCUUCCGUGCCUCAGUCCCUGGCAGCAACAUCAUGCGGUACUUUGGCCCGGUGCAGCAGAGACUGGCCAUCUCCCUCUGCACCUCUGUCCAGGUGCUCAUCUGUGUGCUGUGGCUGGUUUUCUCACCGCCCAUCCCAGCCGAGAUACAGGGGCGGAGUCCCAGGAUCGUCCUCGAGUGUGAUGUGGGCUCAGUGGCUGGAUUUGCCUGUGUCCUGGGCUACAUCGGCCUGCUGGCGGCCAUCUGCUUCCUGCUGGCCUUUUUAGCCAGGAAGCUCCCUGACAACUUCAAUGAAGCUAAGUUCAUCACCUUCAGCAUGCUCAUCUUCUGUGCUGUCUGGAUCACCUUUGUCCCAGCCUAUGUCAGCUCCCCGGGGAAAUACACAGUUGCUGUGGAGAUAUUCGCCAUCCUGGCCUCCAGCUAUGGACUUCUCCUCUGCAUCUUUGCUCCCAAGUGUUAUAUAAUCCUACUGAGACCUGAAAAAAAUACCAAGAAGAUGAUGAUGGCCAAAUAAAAGUCAUAACAUGUAAUUACAUUAAUGUGUCUGAGAAACCAUCAAGAGAUGGCUAGAAUAUUUAUCUGGCUUUGUUUAGAUGUUGGAUCACUUGACCAGUCAACUUUCAGAGCUGAAGCUGCAAGACAUUUUACAUCAUCAUAUUAACUAAAUUCAGAAAAUGAAUGUGUCACCACUUUGUAAUACAUUUGAAUCUGUUCUCUAUCUUCUUUGUUCUAGUUUUUCUUUACACACAUAGUUGUCUUAUAAACAAAAGAUGUGAAUUCAUUAAACUAUAUAACAUUCAAAUAUUAAAAUAAGAAAUGUAAAAUAUUCAAUAAUAUGUCAUCCAAUAAAUUAAAAUGAUUCCAGGAACUAAAAUUAUAUAAAUAAAACAUCU